UUUUUUGUGUGCUUUUUCGGAUCUAUAUGUUACUUGGUACAAGAGGUGCGGGAGAAGAAGGUCAAUUGAGCCGGUUUUUGAACGAUGAGAAUUCGAGAAAGAAAUUCUUACUUGAAGCUGCUCACCAGUGUCAGGAAGCUGGAUUAUAUGACAAGUCUAUUGAAAUUCAAAAAAGAAUUGGGGCAUUCUCAAUGGCAUUGGAUACAAUUAACAAGUGUCUCUCUGAAGCAAUAUGUGCCAUCUCACGUGGUAGAUUGGAUGGUGAAAGCCGGACCUCUGGCCUCAUUCAUUCUGGAAAUGAGAUCAUGGAGGCAUACAAAUAUCACCCUGAAGUCAGUCCUCAAGAAAGAGAGAAUGUUACAGAACAGCAGAUGGUGUUAAGACAACUGGAGGCAAUACUCUCAGUUCGCAAGUUGGUUAAAGUGGGUCACUAUAUUGAUGCUCUAAGGGAGGUUGCAAGACUUCCAUUUCUUCCUCUGGAUCCAAGAACUCCAGAUAUUGCAGCUGAUGUGUUUCAGAACUUAUCUCCUCAUGUCCAAGCUUGUGUUCCAGACCUUCUCAGAGUUGCCCUUACUUGUCUCGAUAAUGUGACAGAUUCUGAUGGAUCGCUCCGGGCCUUGAGGGCAAAGAUUGCAUCUUUUAUUGCGACUAAUUCGAGUAGGAAUUGGCCUCGCGACUUGUAUGAAAAGAUUGCAAGAAGCUUAUGAACAUAAAAUGAUUGUGGGGGGCAGUUUCCUUCAUAUAUAUAUAUAUAUAUAUGCCUCAUUUGGUCAAGUAAAUCCAAUGGUUAUGUAUUGUAUGAACGAUCUUUUUCAUGUAAAUUUUGGGGAAUGAGAAUGUGGUGAUCUGAUCAACAUCUUGGUGAGAGAGGCUAUUAGUACAAAACAAGUUUGGAUCUUGGCAAGGGAAAAUCUGACUUGACUUUCAACUUGAUGAGUUCAACUGUAGCAAGCCGGGUGGUUUUCUGAUGUUUGGUUGGAUAUGCUAUUUUACUAAAAUGUUUUUCGAGCUAAACCUUUGUUGCGGUAGAUCACUUACAAUUUUUUUUUUCAAAUCUUUUGCAAAGAAUUAUUUUCUUGCUUGGCCUUA